UCCUCUCGAAAAGGCUGACAACGCACCCACUAAAAUAUGUGUGCAUGGGCUGCGACGAUUACCCUAUUUGUGCGUCCCGUAAGCGAGCUUCCUUCCCUAUAUUAUAAAUCAUUUUUGAUUGAACCACUUCAGGUCUCAUUUAAGCCUUAAACUUAGCCUUAUUCGUCUUUUAAACAUCUUGUAUGGUUUUAGGUUUGGAUCCAAUCUUCGAAUCGCCAAAUUACGAAAUUGCAUUCGUUAUACUCAGUUUUGGCAUUUAUAUCUGUGGACUUUUCUUUGCAAAUGUCACAGCCCUCACUUUGGUGAUACUUGGCUACGUCGAAGCUCAAUUGUUAGCUCUCACUACAGAACUUCAAAACUUGUGGCAACAUGCCGAAAUCUUUUACGAAACACACAGUUUGGCCAACCACGACCGCAGCACAAAGAAUAAAAUCAAGAAUAUUUUUAUCAACGAAUGCUUGAAGGAAAUCGCGCUCUUUCAUAUACUAAACAUAAACAUUAUUAAAAAAUUCGAAGACAUAUUUCGGGGCACGAAGGCAGUGGCACUUCUAUCUACAAUAUUAGCAAUUAUAAGUGAAUUAUUGGGAGGAAUCGAAACCACAUAUCUACAAAUAACUUACACGCUCGUAGUUAUAUUUACAGAAACAUAUGCGGGCCAAAAGCUAAUUGAUGCCUCGAUUAUAUUCGAACGAGGCGUUUAUAGUUGCAAUUGGGAAAAUUUCGAUUCAAAUAAUAUGAAAAUUAUUACGAUAAUUCUGCCCAGCGCUCAGAAGACGUUGAAUAUUACUGCUGGCGGAGUGACGGUGCUAGAUUAUUGUUGCUUUUUGUCUGUCAUAAAAUUUAGUUAUUCCGUGUAUAAUACACUACGCUUGCAGGUUUGA